AUGUUUGCCGAUUCUAAACAUGUAUCAAUUCAAUUACCAAGUAAGGAUUUUCAUAUUGUAAGUUACAUUUUCCAUGAAAGGUUGACCGCCGACUGUGCUUGGAAAAGCCUUAGAUAUAUUCCAACAAUUCCUACAAAUGUGGCAAAUAUAUCGUUCGCUCAUAACAAUAUUCGCGGCAUUAAAAACGGAAUAUUUAGAAUUAAUCAUGACCUCAUUUACUUGGAUUUGUCGAACAACAACAUCAGUAAACUGCAUCAAAGAUCUUUUCAGGGUCUUUCGAAACUGGAGACAUUAAUUAUUAGUAAUAACUCUAUCAACCAUACAGCUAUUCCAAAUAAUAUUUUCAAGCCAUUAGUAUCCCUGCUGCAACUUGCAAUAAAACGAAAUUUCAAUCACCCGUUUUCGCUCCAUGUUUCAACGUUGUAUAUAGACAUUUCUAAUAAUGCAUUUUACGUCUGGCAAGGCCCAAUAUCAAAUUUAACAUGCUUGACAUAUUUGGAUAUAUCCAACAAUUUCUGUUCGAACGUAUCUACAAAUUUCUUUGAAUACGGUUCCAACCUUACAACUUUAUUGAUACAAAACAACCUAUUAGGUUUUGUUUUACCGACAGACACAAAUGGAGAAAUUCUAGCAAAACUAACAAAAUUAAAAUUACUUAAUCUAGCGGACAACAGAAUACCAAGUUUACCAACAACAAUCUUCUAUAGUCAAACAGAGAUACGGAUGUUAAAUUUGAGUAGGAAUAUGCUUGAAAAUGAAAUAUUUAAAAUAGAUCAUAUGACCAAACUUUCGUAUUUAGAUUUAUCUUACAACCGCUUGUCAACUUUGUGCGCCUCUUUUACCAGGCAGUUAGAUAUUCUCUCAAACAACGUUCCAAACAUAGCAGUUAAUCUGCUAGGUAAUCCUAUCAAAUGCUCAUGCGAGUCAAUUGAGUUUAUUAAGUGGUAUACAUCGACAAAUGUGCAUGUUCUAAAUAAUUUACAUCAAGAAUGUCAAUCCCUCCAAAUCAAUUUUAACAGCUCGAAGCUAAUGUACGGUUAUUUGAAGAAGACAUGCUCCUCCCAUACGACAACCAUUGUCACCGUAGGAUCAUGGCUGACUAUCUUUGCUAUUGUCAUAAUUGCUGGAAUCGCCUAUCGGUAUAGAUGGAAGCUUCGUUAUGCCUAUUAUAUAGUUAAAGGAAAACACCAUGGUCAAAUCAAACCAUUUGAAAUAGAUGACGAUUUCCUGUACGAUGCAUUCGUUUCUUACGCCGACGAAGAUGACACGUUUGUUUAUACAAAGUUCCUUAAACAUUUGGAAGACGAUCGAAACAUAAGAUGCUGUGUGCACAAAAGAGACUUUUUGGCCGGAAAUGAUAUUGCAACUAAUAUAACAUCCGCAAUUCAUAACAGCCGUAGAACGGUCGUAAUAAUUUCACACCAUUUUCUCGAAUCUGAUUGGUGUUUAUUCGAAUUCAAUAUGGCAAAAAUGGAGAGUAUCUAUGCAAGAAGUAAAGAAAACAUUAUAUUGCUCGUGUUCCUUGAACAAAUAUCAUCAAAAGACCUACCGUUGAAUAUUUUGGAACUUAUCCAAUCAAAAUCUUACAUUGAAUAUCCGAACGACGAAUACGGGGAUGUCGUAUUUUGGGACAAGCUCAAGGAGACGUUGUCAGUCUAA